AUGGUCAGUACCCCUGAGAUAGUACAUCGUAAGGCACCGGAUGGGGGCUGGGGUUGGGUUGUGGUGUUUGGAUCGUUUAUGAUCAGUCUUAUAGGCGAUGGCUUUUCUUACACUACGGGUCUGUUUUACACCAAAUUCCUAACGGAAUACCACGAGUCAGAGGCAAUCACUUCAUUGUUUGACUCCAUUAUGACGGGAAUGAUCUAUUGCUCAGGUCCGGUGGCCGGUGGUCUCACAACAACCUACGGGUGCCGUAAAAUAGCAAUCAUAGGGUCUGUUAUAACAGUAUCGGGAAUGUUAAGCAGUAUUAUAUUGGAUAACAUUUAUACUCAUUGUUUAACACUGGGUGUCAUAACUGGUACUGGUCUGGGGUUACUAUACUUACCACAAGUAAUGAUAGUCACGUAUUGGUUUGACAAACGGUUAUCAUUGGCCACAGGCAUAGGUGUUUGCGGGUCUGGUAUAGGAAUAGCUAUAUUCGCGUUACUGUCGGAUCACUUGAUAGAGACGUACGGCUGGAAGGGAGCGAUGCUUCUGCUGUCGGGCCUUAUGUUCAGUUGUGUCGCCUUUUCGUCGCUCUUCCGGAAAGUGGAUUACAUGGAGGAGAAGAGUGACCUCAAGACAGCCCUCACUGAGACCUUUGACUUCCAUAUCCUUACGGAUGUGGUGUUCGUAUACUUCGCUUUCGCCAACUUCUUGUGCGGUGCCGUCUAUUACGUGCCCAUCAUUUUCCUGAAAGACCACGUCGUGAAGACAGGAAUAGGAACGGGAGGGGAUGCCGUCAAUCUUAUGGUGUUCUUCGGUCUCUCCAACGCUUUCGGCAGAGCUUUCUUCGGAUAUAUCGCAGACUUUCCAUCACUUAAUCGUAUUAUACUCUACGGUCUGUCUGUCCUGUCAUACGGUGUGGCCAUUGCACCGGAUGGGGGCUGGGGUUGGGUUGUGGUGUUUGGAUCGUUUAUGAUCAGUGUUAUAACCGAUGGAUUUUUCUACACUUCGGGUCUGUUUUACGCCAAAUUCCUAACGGAAUACCACGAGUCAGAGGCAAUCACUUCAUUGUUUGACUCCAUUAUGAUGGCAAUGAUCUAUUGCUCAGGUAUUAGCACUUCUCAACUCAAUUACCAUUAG